UUUGCACCGUUGUAAAACGAAACACGUUGAUGUUAUUUGGGGCAAUGUAACCUAUUAGUUCGUGUGGAUUGUAACCACUUCUCCCCUUUUGACAGUUCAUCAUAUGACAACAUUAAUGUCAACAAAUCAUGUCUUCUGAGAAAUUCGAGAAUUUGGAAGAUGAUUUGUCAACAGCAAUAGACAGACUACGACCAAUAAUAAGCGACAUAUCGAGCCAAACAGGGGAACAAAAGAAAAAUGCUAUUCGACAAGCAGAACGAAAGCUUGAGGAGGCCAAUUUUCUUAUGCAUGAAAUGGAGAAUGAAGCGAAAAUUGCGCCAGUGCAAUACAGAACACAGAUGUUGGGUCGACUAAGACAGUUCAAGAGAAACCUAGAGGACUUAACAAGGGAUCUUAAACGAAAAAAGGAAGUUGGCUUCUCUUCUGCUGAUAAUUUGGGAUUAGAUAGAGAUGAUCGACUUGAGGCAUCCCAAAGGAACCGGUUAAUACAGGGCACUCAGUCGCUGAACCGGACCUCUGAGAGCAUUGCAAGGUCACAGCAGAUAGCCGCGGAGACUGACCAGGUCGGCGUGGAGAUAAUUGAUGAGCUGGGCAGACAGAGGGAGGUCCUCACCAGGACUAAAGGGCGGGCCAAGGUAGGAUCAUGCAGUAUUUGUAAUUUGACAAAUUCAGGCUUCAAGACACAGAUGCAGAGCUUGGAAAAAGCAGAAAAAUAUUGAAGACCAUGGCAAUGAGAAUUAUGACGAACAAAAUGAUUUUGAUUGUGAUUAUACUUUUGGAACUUGGUAUACUGGGACUCAUAGUUUAUUUGAGGUUCAUCCGUAAAAAAUAGUGGAACAGCGUACCAGCGUCUUGUGGAUGUGAUGAUGUUAUAAGUGAAUUCUAUGUAAAUAUGUGUGAUGUACAUGUAGAACAGCACAUGAUAUAUAUGUGAUAGAGAAAACUGAAGAACAAAGUAGUUGUGACAAAAACUAUGAGUAACAUUUACAGAUAAAUAUAAUUAUUAUUAACAACUGUGACAAGGGAAGUGUAUGUUUAUUUACUGCGUCCGAUAGUGCAAACAGUACAUCUCAGAACUGGUAUUCACUACCAGCAGUAAGGCAUUGGGGAGUGUGAACAGUUUUGCUGAACAGUGAUUUUAUCUACAUAUAAUUACGAUUAACUUUUACCAUUAAGUGUUAAUGAAGUGCAAUAUCAUCAAAAAGCCACACAUGUAUAUUCAUGUGAAAUAUUCUGUGCAGUGAAGUCCUAAUGUUAAUGAUAGAAUAUUAAUGCUAAUCAAUGUUUUACAAUUUUGUCUACAUGUAUUACAUACGAAAGAGAUACUUCUCACAUAACUUGCUUGUGGGAUAACCAAGUGUAUGUUUUGGUACUGAGCCUGAACAAUACUGAAACAUUUAAAUUUAGAUAUAUGUUCAAGCAUCUGGAUUGAAAUCCACUUGAUUUUCAUGGAAGUCUUAUGGUUUAAUUGAUUGAUUUUGGAAAGGAGAGUGAUUUUGCCAUAACCAUGUGACUUUAUGACUAUUUCUACAACAUGUGCAACAAAGAUAUUUUCGCCUGUGAUUUCAAUAUAAACAAGAUUCUUUUUUGGAUAAAUUGACAUUAAUUUUGAACAUAAAAAUAUCCCAUGUUUAUUCAUGAUAGAAUCGAUUUAGUUUUGAAUGUACAAACAGGCAUUUCCUGUUAUUCAACAAUUAAUUUGUGUGGAUAACAACAGUUGAACUAAGUAAAAAGAUCUUGCAGUGAUUUAUUAAGCAAACAUUAACUGCAUUUCUCCCUCUUGUGAAGUGCAGUUGUAUUUAUGUAAUUUUUUUUAAUUUAUUUAGAUCAAUGUUGGCAUGAACUGCCUACCCGUGGAAAAGCACAGUUUUUCUGUCUUAGGAAAUGCUCUUAAAUUGUGAAAAAGUGGGUGAUACUAUUUUUCAAACUAUAAAACCCAGAGUUUUUGCCAACCAUAAUUAAGAUGUAUUCAUUGUACAGAUGCAAACAAAUUGUAUUUAACACAAAAUAUAAAUAUUUCAGUGAUAAUAAAUUAGUUGUUGUUUA